CGGCCGGCUCCGCAGCAGCAGCAGCAGCAGCAGCGGGCAGCGGGCAACGGGCAGCGGGCACCGGCGCACUCGGCUUCCCGGGAGGCGCCUGAGGUCGGAUAAAUACAUCCCAGGCUCCCGGGGAGCAGUGCCGCCGCCCGCACCGCCGCGCCGCGCCGCGCGCAGGGCACCGAGCCGGCCAACCCGGGCGCGGCGCCCGGUCUUCCUCCUGUCGCGACCGACGCGAAGCAGCGGAGAGCCGCGGGCUCCACCGCCGGCGCCCGGGCCGCGGAGCCGAUGAGAGGCGGCGGCUGAGGGCCCGGGCUGGCUUCUGCCCGCCCUCUGCCCGGCACCUGAGAGGGACCGCAGCGCCCUGGGCGCGGGGUCCGGGGCGGUGCCAUGGGGGCGGACUGAGCGCUCUCUCCGGAGCCGCGGGCCCUCCUACCUCCUCGGGCGCCGGCGCCGGCGCCGGGAUCGGCGCGCUCUACGCGGGGCGCCGGCGGGAGCCUCCAGCGCGCUCUAUGCUCCUCUGCGGGCACCGCGGGCCCGGGCCAUGGCGAUAGACCGGCGGCGCGACGCGGCGGCCGGCGGGCCCGGGCGGCAGCUGCCCCCGGCCGAGGAAAACGGCUCCCUGCCGCCCGGGGACGCGGCGGCCUCGGCGCCCCUCGGGGGUCGCGCGGGUUCAGGCAGCAGCGGCGGGGAGAUCCAGCCGCUGCCCGCCGCGCAUCCCGCCGCCGGCAGCUGCUGCUCGGCGGCGGCAGCUCCGAGCCUCCUGUUGCUGGACUACGACGGGUCGGUGCUGCCCUUCCUCGGGGGCCUGGGAGGAGGCUACCAGAAGACGCUUGUGCUGCUCACCUGGAUCCCCGCGCUGUUCAUCGGCUUCAGCCAGUUCUCGGACUCUUUCCUCCUGGGUCAGCCCAACUUCUGGUGCCGCGGGGCCGGCAAAGGCGCCGAGCUGGCCGGGGUCACCGCCACCGGUCGCUGGGGCGCAAACGACCUGGCCAAUUGGACCAGCCCCCCGAGCACCCCUUUCUCCACUGCCGCUUGGGGGACCGCGGGCAACCUUAGCAGCAGCGCGGCUAAGGACGGUGGAGACACGCCACCCCUCCCCUCCCCUCCGGACCAAGGGGACAACACCUCCAACUGCGACUGCCACGCGUGGGACUACGGUAUCCGCACAGGCCUGAUCCAAAACGUGGUCACUAAGUGGGAUCUUGUGUGUGAUAAUGCCUGGAAGGUCCAUAUCGCUAAAUUCUCCUUACUGGUUGGAUUAAUCUUUGGCUACCUAAUUACUGGAUGCAUUGCUGACUGGGUCGGCCGGCGGCCUGUGCUGUUGUUUUCCAUCAUCUUCAUUCUGAUCUUCGGACUGACCGUGGCACUAUCAGUGAAUGUGACCAUGUUUAGCACACUCAGGUUCUUUGAAGGAUUUUGCCUGGCUGGAAUAAUUCUCACCUUGUAUGCACUACGGAUAGAACUAUGCCCACCUGGAAAACGGUUCAUGAUCACGAUGGUGGCUAGCUUCGUGGCCAUGGUGGGCCAGUUCCUCAUGCCCGGGCUGGCUGCCCUCUGCCGGGACUGGCAGGUCCUGCAGGCCCUCAUCAUCUGCCCCUUCCUGCUCAUGCUGCUCUACUGGUCGAUAUUCCCAGAGUCACUCCGAUGGCUGAUGGCUACCCAGCAGUUUGAAGCUGCCAAGAAACUCAUCUUGCGCUUCACCCAGAAGAACUGCAUGAACCCUGAGAAUGACAUCAAAGGUAUCAUGCCUGAGCUGGAGAAGGAGCUGUCCCGGAGGCCCAAGAAGGUCUGUAUCGUGAAGGUGGUGGGAACCCGGAACCUGUGGAAAAACAUCGUGGUCCUGUGUGUGAACUCGCUGACAGGCUAUGGGAUCCACCACUGCUUCGCCAGGAGUAUGAUGGGCCAUGAGGUGAAGGUGCCACUUCUGGAGAACUUCUACGCUGACUACUACACAGUGGCCAGCAUUGCCCUGGCCUCCUGCCUGGCCAUGUGCCUGGUGGUUCGGUUCCUGGGGCGCAGAGGGGGCCUGCUGCUCUUCAUGAUCCUUACUGCCCUGGCCUCACUCCUACAGCUUGGCCUCCUCAACUUGAUUGGAAAAUACAGCCAGCACCCAGACUCAGAGUUGCAGCUGAAGUUGGCCGUAGGUAUGAGUGAUAGUGUCAAGGACAAGUUCUCCAUCACGUUUUCCAUCGUGGGCAUGUUCGCCUCCCAUGCCGUGGGGAGCCUCAGUGUGUUUUUCUGUGCAGAGAUCACCCCCACAGUGAUAAGGUGCGGCGGGCUGGGGCUGGUGCUGGCCAGUGCAGGCUUUGGCAUGCUGACAGCACCCAUCAUCGAGCUGCACAACCAGAAGGGCUACUUCCUGCACCACAUCAUCUUUGCCUGCUGCACACUCAUCUGCAUCAUCUGCAUCCUCCUGCUGCCCGAGAGCAGGAACCAGAACCUGCCCGAGAACAUCUCCAAUGGGGAGCACUACACACGGCAGCCACUCCUGCCUCACAAGAAAGGGGAGCAGCCUUUGCUGCUCACCAAUGCUGAGCUCAAGGACUACUCAGGCCUCCACGAUGUGGCUGCCGUGGGGGACGGGCUGCCUGAGAACACCACGGCCAAUGGUAUGAAGUCCAUGUAGCUCUCAGUGCGGCUAUCCCAUGGCUCCCAGGGUCGGGGGCCCACCUGAGCACAGGUUUACAGACCAGGGACUGAAAUCGUGGCUGUGAGCAGGAAACUGAACUCUGCUGCUGCCACUGAAUCAUGACUUUCAACUAGUGUGGGAAACUGUCUUUCCAAAACUGAGGAUCAUGUGUUGGAGGAAGCAAACUCUUUUGGAAAUCACCCUUCAAAGACUUUCUUUUCUGCCAUUAAAUAUUUGUAUUUAUUUUGGUCAUUUUUAUGAGAAGCACUUUACUCCCUUCCCUCCGAUCUCAAAAUGGAACCACCUCCUUUGGAAGAGGGACAGUCACCAAGGAAGACGCUUCGUGUGACCAGUGACCAGUGUGUGGCAUCCCCUCCCUGGAGGUCUGACCAGCCACUCUUGCCCCUGUCACCUCCUCCCACCCCCGGCCAGAGCCCACCCACAGCUACCUACCUGCCUGUGCAGACCUGACGCAUUGUGUCACAUGCCCAGACGGCAUUUUAGGCAGAGAGAAAUGUAAACUACUGUGUAUCUGCUACAGUCUGUCUGGUUUUUAAAAGUUGGGGGGUUUUGUUGUUGUUGUUUGUUAUGUUUUUGGUUUUUUUCCUAUUCAAAAGAUAAGAGCUUCUGUUCACAUAUUUGGGGAAAGCAGCUCACAAAUAUCAUUAAAACCAGCUUAUUCCUUCCUGGGAGAUCAUCCUUUUAUACUUGAUGCUGGAAGCUCAUUUUGAGAGGAAAGCUGAAACAUUUAAUCCUAAAUCUUAAAUAAUCAGUGCUAAUAGCACCAAUUUCCUGAUACAGGUUUACCUGGCAACGUUCACAACUAACAGAUGUAGGAGGUCUGAGGCGUGUGACCGGUUAACAAAAUUCCUUCCAGCAGAAAGUCCCUCUUCCAGUCACUUUUUUUUGUUAUUUGUUUUUUGGUUUUUUUUUUUUUUUUUUUUUUUUGCCAGCAUUACUUGAAACCAUAGCUACUCUAUGAACUAAAACCAAUAGGAAAAUAACUGAAGUAGACAAAAGGUGACCCUACCAGAGAGGGGGAGGGUGCUCCCAAAUCUGGCCUGUACUCCCACAUCUCAAGCACACACCACAUAGAAAUCACCAGCCUGGAUGACUGUUGUUCACUGACUUCACACUCAGAGACUGGACGGCCCCCAGGAGCCAGUCCCCUCACCCCUGCUGAGCUUGCUUCCUGCUAUGUCCUCCAGCACAAGUGGGUUCAAGUGGAGAGCCUUCUAGGUGAGUCCAACUGGCAUCCAGCCUCUUAAAGCAUCAAGACCAAUGGAGAGAAGCAAUAACUCACCAAAGCUCAACCUACCCCCCUCCUGGUACCCACAGGCUCUUGUGUCUCUCAUUUCACCCUGGAUGAUGAAAUGUUCCUCUUGCCUUCUCAGGCCAGGCUGGCUUUCUCCUGUCAGAGAGGUGCUCCAGAGGACAAAUGGAGGAAUCCUACGGGAGACCUGAUGUUGCCUCUGUGCUGGGAAACACAGCCUUGUAGUAAUACAGGCACCUGCUUUUUGGACAGCCUGGGUUCUUUCUUGUCCACCUCCCCACUCAUGGCACGUCUCUGCCCUGUUUUCCUCUAGGGAAAUCAUCGUCUUACACCUAUCUGAAGCAAUCUGGUGGCUUCUACCUGAUGGCCAGCAAAGGACUUGAUGAUUCACAUCUCUUUUCUUCCCUCCCAGCUUUCUAUUUGGUCUGUCUCUUAUCAACUCCACCAACCUCUCUCCUUCAAACCCAGUAGACACUAGAAGGAGCUGGCUGACAUGACAGAAGCAUCAGGAGGGAAACAAGCCAACUUGCAGGUGUGUGUCUCUGGUAUCACACACUGCCGUCUGCUCGGUGGUGCCGGGGUCUCCAGGGCCUCGAUCCAGGAUGGGCUGCCUGGGGGGUGAGGUCCUCUGGUCAGUCUCUCUCCAGCUGUACCUGCUUGCCCUUGCCUUCUUUACAUCACUUCUGCCUCAUGUUUCAGCAUCAGCCUGCAGUCACCUUCAUUUAAAAGGCCUUUCUUUACAUCAUGCAGCCUUCGCGUGCCAAACUUGUGAAAUACCUUUUGCCUUUUUUAAAGUCCUUGCUACAAAGCCACCUCCUGGCGGUCAGCCCAAUACAUCCAGGACACAACGUAUGCAGUGGCCAGGCCAUGGGGCACCUGGAGAGGGUGGGAGGAGCCUGCCAGUUCCCUAGGCUUGGGCCUGACAAAGUGUGUCACCUGGCACAGGACCCUUGUAGUCCACCUCUACUACAGAGGGGCUGUGACUCUGGCCUGAGGCCUUUAGGAAAUCAAAAGUGCUGCAGGAAUUGCUAGGAAGACUCAGUGCUUAAAAACUUCUGACACCUCUGGUUUCCCUCUCAAAUGAAGAUAAAAACACAGGUCCAACAGAGAGACUGUUGCUUCAGCAGUCAGGAUGCACUCGCUAGUGACUAGAGAUGUCUGCCAUGGUAACUGAGCUCUCGUGACCCGAGUCCUCGGGUGUGUGGGGAAUCUGAUAUGCCAACCAUCAGUAGAUGGUAUCUUACCACUUAAGUCCCACAGCUCCCAUCUCCUUGCAGAGCACCUGUUCAGGUGCUGGUCUAGCUUAGGGAUCCCCAAGGCUCUUGAGGAGCACCUGUAUGAAAUGUAGCCAAAGCAGAAAAGCUGCCUUGUGGGCUGAACCCCAUAAAACACCAAACCAAGUGGGCCAGGUGCAGGGGCCCACCCCAGCCUGAUGCAACUGGUCCUGCCUUGCUCUACAUGGGAGGGACUGUACUUUCACCCCCCUGUCCCAUUUCCUCUGGUCGGUAGAGAAACAAUCCUCAGGCACUUGCCAUUUCAAGCCACCCGCCUCACCUCCACCACCCACUCCUGCACUGUCCUGCUCUCCUAUUGAUCAGGGAGCUGUGGGCCCCUUUCAAUGUUAGGCACAAUGUGAGAGCUUCUGAGACAGGCGUGGGUACUUCUUUAUCUUCUUCUUUUCCAGAAGUCAAUAAUAACUCUUAACAGAUACCCUAAAUAUCAGUAGUAUCCAAGACAUAUAGGGAAAAAUAAAGUUUAAAAUAUUUUAUUUUUUAAAAAGAGAAUAAUAGCUUGCAAUGAGAGGAAAGGGGCUGGCAAGUUGGUUUGGCCACAGAAUGGAAAGCAAGCAAAACUAAACCUCGUCAAGGAAGUACUGCACUACUUCAUUACUACUUCCCAGAGCCAAACAAAUGACUCAAGUGCCAUUAAACCAGUUAUGUGACCAUGGCAUCACCCAGCCCCCUAGGUGGCGCACGCAUGCCCGAAAGGCCCCCCACUUCCACGCCCUCUAUAUAAGGACACCUCACUUUGAUGUAUUUGUGUGUUUUGGAAAAGCAGUACAGUGUGUUCUGUCUAGUGGGGAACACUUCCCUCCCUCCGUCCUUUCUGCAACCCUGGCAUUUUAGGAUUCUGUGUAAGAGCCGUGUUACUGUAUAUGUUGACUGGGAUUAUUUUGGAGGUCAUUCAUAGCACAAAGCCUCAACCGAGUUCUGAACUGUCGUGCAAAGCUACAUAGCUACAUGUCUGCAUGAUGUCACAUCUGUUGUACCCUGGGGGAAGAUUUGUAUGUAAAUGUACAGAAAUAAAAAUGUUGCCCCAUUAACAAAUUUCCUCUGAAAUGUCUUCCCUACCUCAUCUGAUGGUACCCAAUGAAGGGCAUUUCAUGAUCAUUGAGUACAAGUAAUAAAAACUGUUUAUUCACA